CCAAACACUCAAUUUACUUCAAGCCCCACUGCAGAACAAAUUAUUGUACUGACCACAAGCUCCCCAAUUGGACCUGGUUCAAUGUCCACUACAAGCUCCACAACUGGACCUAGUUCAAUGUCCCAUACAAGCUCUGCAACUGAAUUUGGCAUUGUGUCCACUACAAUGCCCCCUUCUGGAUCAAGCACAGUGUCCACUACAAGCUCCAUAACUGUACCCAGCACAAUGUCCACUACAAUCUCCACAACUGUACCAAGCACAAUGUCCACUACAAGCUCCAUAACUGUACCCAGCACAAUGUCCACUACAAGCUCCAUAACUGAACCCAGUGCAAUGUCUACUACAAGCUCCAUAACUGAACCCAGUGCAAUGUCUACUACAAGUUCCAUAACUGAACCCAGCACAAUGUCCACUACAAUCUCCACAACUGAACCCAGCACAAUGUCCAGUACAAUCUCCACAACUGAACCCAGCACAAUGUCCACUUCAAUCUCCACAACUGAACCCAGCACAAUGUCCACUACAAUCUCCACAACUGAACCCAGCACAAUGUACUCUACAAGCUCCAUAACUGAACCCAGUGCAAUGUCUACUACAAUCUCAACAACUGAACCCAGCACAAUGUCCACUAUAAGCUCCACAACUGAACCCAGCACAAUGUCUACUACAAGCUCCAUAACUGAACCCAGUGCAUUGUCCACUACAAUAUCCACAGCAGGACCCAGCACAAUGUCUGCUACAAGCUCCACAACUGGAUCCAGCACAAUGUCCACUACAAGCUCCACAACUGUACCCAGCACAAUGUCCACUACAAGCUUCACAAAGGAACCCAGCACAAUGUCCACUACAAUCUCCACAACUGGACCCAAUACAAUGUCCACUACAAGCUCCACAACUGGAGCCAGUACAAUAUCCACUACAAUGACCACCCUUGGACCCAGCACAAUGUCCACUACAAUGACCACUCCUGGACCCAGCACAAUGUCUGCUACAAGCUCCAUAUCUGAAUCCAGCACUGUGUCCACUACAAUGACCACUAUUGGACCCAGCACAAUGUCCACAACAAGCUCUACAACUGGACCCAACACAAUCUCCCCUACAAGCUUUACAGCUGAAUUCAGCACAAUGUCUACCACAAAACCCAUUCCUGGAUCCAGCACAUUGUUCUCUACAAGCUCCACAACUGUACCCAGAUCAGUGCCCACUACAAGCUCUUCAACUGAAUCAAGCACAAUAUCCUCUACAGGCUCCACAACUGGAACCAGCACAGUCUCCACUACAAGCUCCAUAAUUGGAACCAGCACAGUCUCCACUACAAGCUCCAUAACUGGAACCAGCACAGUGUCCACUACAAGCUCCAUAACUGGGACCAGCAGAGUGUCCACUACAAGUUCUAUAACUGGACCAAGCACAGUGUCAACAAUCAGCUCUACAACUGGACCCAGCAAAAUAUUCACUACGAGCUCCACAAUUGGACCCACCACAAUACCCACUACACAGGACCUGUUAUUUAAUGACCUUGUACCAUAUAACGUAUCAUUCAAGAUACUUAACUGGAAUUACACAGAUGAUCUUAAUAAAUCUUCCUCUGGGGAAUAUCAAAAGCUUUCAGCAAAAAUAGUACAACCGCUCAAUGAAACAUUCAAAAUGAAGCUGCCACUGGAAAAAAUAGAAAUAAUCAGAUUUCUGUAA